CUCUGUCCCAGUUGGGAUCGCUUCGAGCGCUUGUUAUAAAUUGUCGUGGGCAACACGCCCCCCCCCCCUCUCCCGGAGGUGGGCUGAGAUUUCUCAAGCGUUUAACGAUCCGUCGUUGCUGUGACGGAGUGCUGUAUCAUCAUCACCAUCAUCGCGUGGAUAAUCGCCGUGGAUGCGGCGCUGUGGCGGGCUACAACGCAGAGUGACAUUCCGACGCCGGGUUGAGGUUUUGUGUGCAUGGUCUCAGAGGAAGAAACUGUCGAUUCGUGUAGGGAGUAUUGGUGAUGCUGGAGCGAGUUCGCGGUGGGGAGUUGGUCGGAUUUUUCAAGGAAGCUGGCGUGUUUCUAUCUCCAUUCUAUCUCGGAAGAGGUUUGUUGAACUUGGUGUUUAGCGGUGCUGCUGUUACUCCGCUCGCCCGGUUGGUAGCAACCUAUAUUGCAAUCUCUUCGACCUACUUGCUGAUCAUCUAACGGUAGUCUCAAUGGCAACAAACGAGAAUGUUAACCUGUCUGCGAAGGUGAUCAGAGACCUUGCCAGGGAAUUAAAGAAUUUGGAUGACAGUCCUCCAGAAGAUAUUAAAGUCUACGUGAACGAGGAGAACUUCUCGAAUGUGACUGCCGACAUCGAGGGUCCACAUGGAACGCCGUACGAAGGUGGCGUGUUUAGAAUGAAGCUUAUUCUUAGCAACGACUUUCCUCAAACCCCACCCAAAGGGUACUUCGUGACCCGCAUAUUCCAUCCCAACAUUGCCAAAAAUGGAGAAAUAUGUGUGAACACCCUUAAGAAGGAUUGGAAGCCGACUCUUGGCCUACGACAUGUCCUACUUGUUGUUAGGUGCCUUCUUAUUGAGCCAUUUCCUGAAUCUGCCCUCAAUGAAGAGGCUGGCAAGAUGUUGAUGGAGGAUUAUGAAGGCUACGCCAAACACGCCAGACUCAUGACCAGUAUCCACGCAAUGAAGCCGAAGCCCAAGAGCAAAGUGCCCAUUGCCGAAUCCACAAGCGUCAACGCUGUUUCCACAGACGACGCGCACACCCCUCUCAUGCAUAAUUCUGCUAAUAAAGACAACACAUUGGAUAAUAGCCUAUGUGUUGGAAUUAGUGAUACCGUUGCCACUACCUCUCCUACCGCAAAGAAACCGAAGGGUGAGCUGACGUCCGCAAAGUCUCUUGUGGACAAAAGAAAAAUGGAUGUAAGGAAGAAAAGUUUAAAGAGGUUGUAGUGAGGACCAGCGAUAAGACCGUACGAGGUGGUUACCUGUUAAUAUACCCCUGGAUCUCUUUUCUUCCUUCGAUAUGUUACUACUUUUUAACCAGGAUAGUGUUAAAUCAGGUCGAUUGCUCCAGCAGUUCUGUAGUCCCCCUCCUGGUAUCCUUUACCGUAGUUACAGGUCAGGACAUAAGGUUCUUAAUUUUUUUAUACAACAAUCUUUGAAGUUAGAAGGGGUGAUCUUGUUCUGCAUAGGAGGUAAGUCAUCCAUUCAGAUCAAGAUUUUGAAUGGUUUUGCUCACUGAAAGCGUAUUAGUCUCGAUGUAAGGAUGUACAACUAUGUUAACGGCGCAUGCACGCCAUGAUCUCAGUCUUCAUUAAGAGCGUGAACUGUAGCAGAGGAAUGAAAUUACUUUUUUCCGAUGGGAACAGAGCGAUAUAUCCACCAGCUUUGGUGAACGCUGUGGCACCAUGUACUACUACCUUUCUUAUUAUGGUAUGCAAAGAGCUCAGUUACGUAUUAAAAUUU